AGAAGCAAUGCCGGCUGCCAUUAAACGCCGUAGAAGAAGAAGACGAGUUUGCUCCGGUCAACAUGGCGGAUAGAUUAGUUCCCGUAGCAGAGAAGCGACUGAUGGAAGUGAAGCUGGGCGAGCUGGGAAACUGGAUAGGAACUCGAGACUUCAGCCCGAAGGGCAUCUUUUCUGCCAUUCGGAGGGGCCAUGACAGGUACUACAGAAAGUACAUUGAUGUGAAGAAGGGAGGCCUUGGUGGUAUAACAAUGGUGCUGGUUGGUUAUGUGGUUCUGAGCUACAUCUUCGAGUACAACCACCUCAAACAUGAACGUUGGAGGAGGUACCACUGAGAACCUUCCAGGAGUUUACUUUCAUCCACGCCGGCUCCUCCAGCUGUUUGUGCCGUUGUGUUCGGUUUGUGAAUGUUGUGACCAAUAAACAAUAUAUUGAAUAUCAGUC